CCAACCAGUUUAUUUACAUCUUCAUACUGCAAUACCAUAUACAGACGUGAACAAAUGUUACCUCACAACAAUAUAUAUUUUACCACUUUAUUGUUCUUCUGUAUUCAAUAAGCAACAUAAAUCAUAAUGUCAUAACCUUCUAUGAUACUUUGUGUCUUCAUUCUGCAAUACAGUAUUCCCAAAUGAACAUCAAUGGACUGCUGUGUUCAGUCAGAUGGACGACAGGGAUCCAAUGAAAUGCGCGUUGUAGACAAACACAUUUCACUGUCGACAAUGUGCCUUUUUUUUAAAGGCAAUGUUCUGGAAGUUUGCAGAGAUCGCAAUCAUAGUAAAUGUUGUGGAAGUUGGCUCCAUGCGUACAUUUUCCUAGUCUACAACUCAAUCACUAAUCAUAAAAUGCGGUGAUCAUUGGGUAUCUUCACGGUGCAAUAUUACACAACGUAAAUGAACAAUAGAUUUUUUUAUUUAUUUUUUAUUCCAAAAAAACUUCAAAAUAAGUUUCCUGUUCAAGAAAGUAGAAUGAAAGCAAUGAUUCGUAUAUAGACAGGAAAAAGUUUAGCAGACAAGCCAUGGUGGGUCUCAUGUGGAUAGAAUGUAUGGAAACUUGUAUGUACAAUAUUUUUUACAUUUUACAAAAAAAAAAAAUCUUUGUUUCUAUUUUCCUCUUUGUAUAUAUAUAGAUCGAUUUUUUUAUAUUCCCACUAGCAUUUAUACUACAAUAUUGAAACAAAUUAUAAUAACAUAUACAGAUAUGUCAAUCCAUUUCUCGUCUUUUUAUAUUACAAAUGUAUUUCCAUAAAAAUAUAUCUCUGUACAAAAAAAGUUGUUUGUUCUUAACUUUAUACUCUUUUCUUAAAGGUUGUUCCACUUUUUCUGUUGACAGUUUCUGUUUCAGUCCAUGUUUUGUACACUCAUUCCUUUUCCCCAAAAACCCUUCGGUCACCAGCAAAACCCUCUGUCCUGCAUGUCUGGUCUGUUUGGUGCUCAAUGCCCGUCCAGUAAGAGACAUAAGCAGAUGCUUAGGGCCACCGAGGCAGGUAGGGGGGCCCCGACCAAGAGGGGAACCACUAACAUGUUUUGCCUGCGAGGUGUUGGGGCCCCCCAAAAGACUAGGGUCGGUCCUGUCUCUACUAGUUGUUGCUGAGGCUUCGAGGACUCUCCUGGUAGGUGCUCCUGCUCUCUACUGCUGUGUGUUUCAUAAGGUCUAUGAAAAGGCAAACUGAUAGACAUACAAUAUAGAAAUAUAAAAAGAAACCAACUAUGUUGACAUCAGCCCCUACAGGAUCUGUUACAGGGGGAAACAACGUUGCUUACAGGGAAAUCAUCUGCCUCUCUUAUAAGUCAUGUCCAUAUGUAUAAUAAUAACAUAACGUAAUGUUUAUACAUUAAUAUAUUGACUUAUUUCAAAUAAAAAAAGGGGACAUUCUCUUCUUGCAAUAAAACAAUUAUAUAAUGUAUUCUAAAGAAACCAUUUGGGAGGGUGGGGAAUUCAAUGUGAGCUAUAGAUAAAACAAAAAGACAGAAUUAAUAUUCAAAACCGCUCCAAGCUCUCGAAAAUGGUAUUAUAAUAAAUUGCUUGGUUUGCAGCAUAAUCAUUAUCACUCAUCAGAGUCUCUCCCCUCUGCAUCCUCCAACAUGUUGAUAUGGGAGAAGCUCAGUAAACUACAGGACAUGUUGAUAUGGGAGGAGCUCAGUAAACUACAGGACAUGUUGAUAUGGGAGGAGCUCAGUAAACUACAGGACAUGUUGAUAUGGGAGGAGCUCAGUAAAAUACAGGACAUGUUGAUAUGGGAGGAGCUCAGUAAACUACAGGACAUGUUGAUAUGGGAGGAGCACAGUAAACUACAGGACAUGUUGAUAUGGGAGGAGCUCAGUAAACUACAGGACAUGUUGAUAUGGGAGGAGCUCAGUAAACUACAGGACAUGUUGAUAUGGGAGGAGCUCAGUAAACUACAGGACAUGUUGAUAUGGGAGGAGCUCAGUAAACUACAGGACAUGUUGAUAUGGGAGGAGCUCAGUAAACUACAGGACAUGUUGAUAUGGGAGGAGCUCAGUAAACUACAGGACAUGUUGAUAUGGGAGGAGCACAGUAAACUACAGGACAUGUUGAUAUGGGAGGAGCUCAGUAAACUACAGGACAUGUUGAUAUGGGAGGAGCACAGUCAACUACAGGACAUGUUGAUAUGGGAGGAGCACAGUCAACUACAGGACAUAUGGGAGGAGCACAGUAAACUACAGGACAUGUUGAUAUGGGAGGAGCUCAGUAAACUACAGGACCUGUUGAUAUGGGAGGAGCUCAGUAAACUACAGGACAUGUUGAUAUGGAAGGAGCACAGUCAACUACAGGACAUGUUGAUAUGGGAGGAGCUCAGUAAACUACAGGACAUGUUGAUAUGGGAGGAGCCCAGUAAACUACAGGACAUAUGGGAGGAGCUCAGUAAACUACAGGACAUGUUGAUAUGGGAGGAGCUCAGUAAACUACAGGACAUGUUGAUAUGGGAGGAGCACAGUAGUAUCAUUGAUAUUUAG